AAAGGCGGCCCGCGCGUAUUUUCCAGCUGCAAGCGACGAUUCAUAAAGACCGUUGAGCUCCUCCAGCGCGCGCCGCAGUUGGCACUGUCAGAUCUUAAUAACGCUUUUAUCUGUUGUUGUUUUAAAUCGUAUUUUAAAAUUUUAGUUUUAUUUCACCCGGUUCUAACUUGAAAUGCCUACCAGGACCUCAUUGUCUCUGCCAGAGGAUGUCAAGGAACGGCUUCAGGUGUUGGAGGAAGGCGGAGACAGUUUGUCAGACGAGGAGUGUGUAAAGGAAAAGCUCAGGUUACUACAGGAGUUCCUGCUCGCUGAUACUCGGGACCAGCUCAAAAUCCUUGAGGAUAAGUUCAAGAGCUCAGAACUUUCCACUGAGGUGUACACAUCAGAGGUGAAGGCAGUUCUGAAGAAAGCUCUGGGAGUUGGCAAGGAGGAUGAUAAUGUGGGGCAGAAUGGACAUUCAAAUGUAUUCUCCGAAAAUGGAUCUCAUAAAGACGAUACCGAGCAGGACGGAGCCAUGGAUACUCAGGAGGAUGGGGAUGCAAUGAAGUCUCCCAGCGCCCCAAGGGGAAAGGGUGGCCGUCGCAGUAAAGCAGACUCUGAUCCCAAGAAAUCUCCAGCCAGUAGCAGGGUUACACGUAACUCUGGGAAACAGCCAACUAUUAUGUCCAUGUUUUCUAGAGUCCCAAAACGCAAGUCUGAUGAACUUAAUGGCGAAACCACGAAUGGUGAUGCAGAAGUUAAAACAGAGGACGACAUUCUAGAGGAGGUCCAUGAAGAGAAACGCCUUAAAACAGAAAAUAAGCCUGACACUGAGAACUCCACUGAUGACAAACUCAAGCCUGUGUCCACAGCCAAGACCCCUCCACCAAAAUGUUCAGACUGCAGGCAGUAUCUGGAUGAUUCAGACCUCAAGUUCUUCCAGGGAGAUCCUGAUGAUGCGCUGGAUGAACCAGAGAUGUUAACCGAUGAGCGUCUCUCCCUUUUUGAUGCUAAUGAGGAUGGUUUUGAGAGUUAUGAAGACCUGCCCCAGCACAAGAUUACUAAUUUCAGCGUUUAUGACAAGCAUGGACACCUGUGUCCUUUUGACUCUGGCCUCAUCGAGAAAAAUGUGGAACUGUACUUCAGUUGUGCCGUUAAACCCAUCUAUGAUGACAACCCGUGCAUGGAUGGUGGUGUUCCUGCCAAAAAGCUUGGACCCAUCAAUGCUUGGUGGAUCACUGGGUUUGAUGGUGGCGAGAAAGCAUUGAUUGGUUUCACUACAGCCUUUGCUGACUAUAUCCUAAUGGAUCCCAGUGAGGAGUAUUCCCCCAUUUUUGCUCUGAUGCAAGAGAAGAUCUACAUGAGCAAGAUUGUGGUUGAAUUUCUGCAAAAGAACCAGGAUGCUACAUAUGAGGACCUGCUGAAUAAAAUUGAGACUACAGUUCCACCUGCUGGGCUGAACUUUAACCGCUUCACCGAGGACACACUGCUGCGCCAUGCCCAGUUUGUGGUGGAGCAGGUGGAGAGCUACGAUGAGGCUGGAGACUCUGAUGAGCAGCCCAUCAUCGUUACUCCCUGCAUGCGAGACUUGAUCAAGCUGGCUGGUGUUACUUUGGGCAAGAGGAGAGCGGCCAGAAGACAGGCCAUCCGUCAUCCCACCAAGAUAGAGAAGGACAGCAAGGGCCCAACUAAAGCCACCACCACUAAACUGGUCUACCAGAUCUUUGACACUUUCUUCUCUGAUCAGAUUGACCAGAACAAUAAGGAGGGAGGUGGAGUGAAGAGGCAGCGCUGUGGUGUCUGUGAGGUGUGUCAAGCACCAGACUGUGGCAAAUGUUCAGCCUGUAAAGAUAUGAUCAAGUUUGGAGGCAGUGGCAGAAGUAAACAGGCCUGUCAGAAGAGAAGAUGUCCCAACCUGGCAGUGAAGGAAGCGGAGGAUGAUGAGAAUCUGGAUGAGGAAGAGGUCUUGCCACUUCUUAAAGAGAAAAAGAAAAUGUCUCAGGCCAAGAAGAAGAAAGAGACCAAGAAUAAAAUCAGCUGGGUGGGAGAGCCUAUAAGGACUGAGGGAAAAAGGCAAUACUACAUGAGAACGCGUGUGGGGAAUGAGGUGCUGGAGGUGGGCGACUGCGUGUCUGUCAGCCCUGAUGACCCGUCUCAUCCUCUCUAUUUGGCCAGGAUUACAGCACUGUGGGAGGACAGCGAGAAGAUGUUCCACGCUCACUGGUUCUGUCGUGGCACUGACACUGUUCUUGGUGAAUCAUCUGACCCUCUGGAGCUCUUCCUCGUGGACGAUUGUGAAGACAUGCAGCUGAGUUUCGUCCAUGGCAAAGUCAAUGUUCUCUACAAGGCUCCCUCUGAAAACUGGUUCAUGGAGGGUGGAAUGGAUGAUGACAUUAAGGUGAUUGACGAUGAUGGCAAAAGCUUCUUUUAUCAGCUCUGGUAUGAAGGUGAAUGUGCCCGCUUUGAGACACCUCCCAAUGUCAUGCCUUCUGAGGACUGCAAGUACAAGUUCUGUGCCAGCUGCACAAGGAUUAAGGAACGAGAGGAACAGGACGCACCUCAUGCCUAUGAACUAAUGGAGGAUGAGGAGAGUGACUCUAAAGUGUUCUAUGCAUUGACAACCCUGAAGGGGGAGCAGUACAGAGUUGGAGACAGUGUCUACCUGCCACCAGAGGCCUUUAAUUUUGGGGUGAGGGUUGUGAGCCCAGUGAAGCGUUCUCACAGGAAGGAUGAUGUUGAUGAAGAUCUUUACCCAGAAUACUACAGAAAGUCCUCUGAUUACAUCAAGGGCUCAAACCUGGAUGCUCCAGAGCCCUUCCGAAUUGGGCGCAUCAAAGAAAUAUUCUGCAGCAAGCGCAGUAAUGGAAAGCCAGACACAAGUGAGAUCAAGUUGCGCCUCUAUAAAUUUUACAGACCAGAGAACACUCAUAAAGGACCAAAGGGCGCCUACCACUCUGACAUAAACCAGCUGUACUGGAGUGAUGAGGAAGUGACUGUGAACAUGGCAGAGGUGCUGGGCCGCUGUCGUGUAGAGUAUGCUGAGGAUCUGGUGGAAAGUGUGCAGGACUAUUCAAACAGAGGACCUGAUCGUUUUUAUUUCUUGGAGGCUUACAAUGCCAAGACUAAGAGCUUUGAGGAUCCUCCCAAUCAUGCCCGAUCAGCUGUAAAUAAGGGCAAGGGGAAAGGAAAGGGCAAAGGUAAAGGGAAGGGUAAAGCAGCUUCACAGGAGUCACUGGAUCCAGAGCCUCAAGAGCCUACGGUCCCCAAACUGCGCUCGCUGGAUGUGUUCUCUGGCUGUGGUGGUUUGUCUGAAGGUUUCCAUCAAGCGGGCAUCUCAGAAACUAAUUGGGCCAUAGAAAUGUGGGACCCUGCUGCUCAGGCGUUCAGGUUGAACAAUCCAGGCACCACAGUCUUCACAGAAGAUUGUAAUGUCCUGCUCAAGCUAGUGAUGUCCGGAGAGAAGACCAACUCCCUUGGACAGAAGUUGCCACAGAAGGGUGACGUGGAGAUGCUCUGCGGUGGGCCGCCCUGCCAAGGCUUCAGUGGAAUGAACCGCUUUAACUCACGCACAUACUCAAAGUUCAAGAACUCUCUGGUGGUUUCUUAUUUGAGUUACUGUGACUACUACAGACCCAAAUUCUUCCUGCUGGAGAAUGUGAGGAACUUUGUGUCAUUUAAGCGCUCCAUGGUCCUGAAGCUCACUCUGCGCUGUCUGGUGCGCAUGGGCUAUCAGUGCACAUUCGGUGUUCUACAGGCAAGGCAGUAUGGUGUGGCCCAGACACGACGCAGGGCGAUCAUUCUGGCUGCUGCUCCUGGAGAAAAGCUGCCCCGCUACCCCGAACCCCUGCAUGUGUUUGCUCCUCGUGCAUGCUCUCUUAGUGUGGUGGUUGAUGAGAAAAAAUUUGUCAGCAACGUCACUCGUGGAAAUGGGGGCAUUUAUCGCACCAUCACAGUGCGAGACACCAUGUCUGACCUCCCAGAGAUCCGUAACGGAGCUGCUGCACUGGAGAUUUCCUACAACGGUGAGCCGCAGUCCUGGUUCCAGAGGCAUAUUCGUGGCUCUCAGUACCAGCCCAUCCUCAGGGACCACAUUUGUAAGGACAUGAGUGCCCUGGUGGCAGCCCGCAUGCGUCAUAUUCCUUUGGCUCCUGGGUCUGAUUGGAGGGAUCUGCCUAAUAUUGAGGUGCGGUUGCGGGAUGGCACUACCACAAAGAAGCUUCGCUACACCCACCCUGACAAAAAGAAUGGCCGUAGUGGUACUGGUGCUCUGAGAGGAGUGUGUUCCUGUGCUGAGGGAAAACCAUGUGACCCUGCAGACAGGCAGUUCAACACACUGGUUCCCUGGUGUCUGCCUCACACGGGCAACCGCCACAACCACUGGGCUGGCCUAUACGGCCGGCUGGAAUGGGACGGAUUCUUCAGCACAACGGUUACCAAUCCUGAGCCCAUGGGAAAGCAGGGACGUGUGCUUCACCCUGAGCAGCACCGUGUGGUGAGUGUCAGGGAAUGUGCCCGCUCCCAGGGAUUCCCAGACACCUAUCGCUUCUUUGGCAACAUUCUAGACAAACACAGACAGGUUGGAAAUGCUGUGCCUCCACCCCUCUCCAAAGCCAUUGGCCUAGAAAUCAAGAGAUGUCUCCUGGAGAGGAUGAGGGAGAAUGCUACAGAGCCUGUGAAGCAGAAGGAGGUGGAAGUUUGUGACUAAAAGCCAUCUUUCUCCAUUCAACAUUGCAUUUUGCUUGAAUGUCCAAUGUCUCAGCCCAGUAAACUCAUUCCAUUUUUAUUCAUAAGCUGGUUUGGAGCCCAGCCACUUUUGUGGCAUUACUAUGGACCGUCUGUGCAGUGCCAUUGUGAUGUUUAUCAAUUUAUAAAUGUGAUUUUAACAGUGUAUUUGCAAUAUCCACUCUGAGAUGGUGGUAUAAAUUCUAUGUAGUUUUUAUAUGUUGUAAUAUUUCAAAUAAAGCUCUUAUCAAAUGUUUUCCUUGUUUUGAAAUGGACUUGCACCCUUAUUUUCCUGUUGUGGUGUUCCAUGGAUUUGAAAAUGUUAUAAA